UCUUUAAAAUGGCAUCAACCGAGAAACGGAAAAAUGUCACACGGAAUAAAAAAGAAAAAGGAAUACAGAAGGUCAAACCAGCUAUAGAUGAGAUCUUUGAUCAGAUGGACCAGAACCAUGAUGGGCGGAUCUCCGUGCACGAGCUCAAAAAGGCAGCUCGUCUACUUGGCUUAAACCCUACCCUCAAAGAAGCUGAGCAGAUGAUUGAAGACUGCAAUCCGCGCGAAAAGGGUUAUGUGGCUCGCGCGGAGUUCCGGAAGCUGUUCGAAAGCAAAGAGAAGGACAUGGGCAUGCAGGUCGAGCAGAUAAAGGCGGCAUUCAAAGUCUUCGACAAGGAUAAUAGGUUUGAUAUACAGUUGCAAUACGAACUUGUUGUGUUUUAUUGUGAAUGCAAUAUUAUGUAG